CUACCGGUUGUCGCUAGGCUCGUUGGUCAGCGCCAUGUUCGAUCCCGACCGGUGUCCGCAGAUUAAACUCUCUUUUGAGGAGCGCGUAAUGUACGACUACGCCGCGAGGAAAUUCUUGCAAGACACUGUGGCUGAGCGGGCCAAAUUUAACCCCAAGAAGAUCGACCCGCAGCACUGGGCGUUCGUGAAGCGCCGAAAAGAGGUCAGCGUCUUCAACAGCGUACCAGGUUCGACGAACCCUUCGAUCAUCGUCAUGGUCGGCACGGGUCUCAUUGAUGGUCGACUCGAAGACGUCAUGGGCGGCUUGUACUGUGAGACAACGGACGAACUUCGCACUGCCAAAGUUCUACUAGGCUACGACCUCAAGGACGGAUCGGUGCUUAACAUACACGAACGUCGCACACCCGAAGACCCGUUCCGGUUUGCAGGUAUCAAGUGGUUUGCCGGUAGGUGUGCGUGGGGGUUACUACACGACCGAGACGCACUGACCUACGAACGGAUGGGUACCACAACGGAUGCCCGUGGCCACGAACUUGCUUACCACACGCUACAGUCGAUCAAGAGGCCAGAGUGGCCGUCCGAAGCCACGCCGGGAAUGUUACGGCAGCACACUGCGUCCUGCUAUCUCUACCGUCGACACAAGCGCACCAACAAGACAGAGGUCUUCCUUUGGGGAUCGAUUCUAAAGUUCGGAUCUGCUCCGGAGAAGGCGAUUCAGCUUGGUGUUGCCAGCACUUGGCUCAACGUCGUUCGUAGUCCAAAAGGUGGCCGAGCCAAGAACUUCAGCACGCUCAUGGACGAAGCUGACAGCCAUCAAUGGUUGCCAUCCAGUUCGACCUGCCACGUCUGCGCUCGGAAGCCAAAGUUGGGCUCGUAUCCCCACUGUGCAGGGUGUCACCAGACCGUGUGCAAGGACUGCUCCGAGCAGCAUCAUAUUUUCCAGCUUAGUAAGUCCGGACGAGCCAAGAAGAGGCUGUUCUGUGUCGUGUGCGUCAAGAAUGCCACCGGUAGGACCGACCUUAGUCGCAACCGAAACUUGUUAGCCUCGGGCUACGAUAUGAGCGAGUGCUCUACAAGCGGCACCCACAGUAUAAGCAGCAGUAGUCGAAGCAGUCGUAGCGACAGCUUUUUCAGUCGCACGUUCAGCUUCAAGCGACCACCCGACCCGUUCCGUCCGCGCGUGUCUCCUUCAGACGACGAGGCACCGGAUGAAUUGGACCUCGAUUGGUAA